GUGUUAUUCACACCCUCAUUCUAGGUGGCGCCUCCACGAUCACUAAUCCUGCAUGUGCUUCUCUGCGCCCCUCUUGCACGGGUGGCGCUCUUGCAUUGUUUUGAAGGCGGCUCUGCUCCUGCGCAGCCCCUUUGACAAUCUGCAGGGUCUGCGCAGACUCUGAGUCCAGAGAUGCGUCUCCUCUGUUGUCAGAUCCGGCUGCGGUCACGCAGGUUGCCGAGCUUGGACAGGGUGUGCGCGCAGACCAGUGUCGUUAAACGUGGGACCUGCGCAGACUCUCAAAAGGCUGCGCGCCAUGAACGCGCCCAGCGGCUUUGGAAUUGAGCAUGCGCAUUAGAAAGCAGAGCCGGUGGAAACUGGCGCCAUUUCGGAUCGGCGCGGUGUCAGCAUUGCAUAGAACACAGCGCGCAAAGAGCCAACAUGGAGAACUCUGCCAUCCAGCUUCAUAACCGCGUCGAGCCGCCCUCGCUUCCACAGGGAGGCCAGCCAAGGAUACGCGCCGAAUCAUCCAGGCACGCCUUCUGCUGGGACGCUUUCAUUACAGCUCCGGACAGAGAGAGGGCUGCUUUGUGUACCUGGAGAGAGGUGGCUGCAGGCGCUGCUGAUUUGCCGAGACCAGUCUGCCACUAAAACCAGUGAAGAUGGACGUCAGUGUCUCCGUGUCGUUCUUUCAAGAGCAGCUCGCCUCUCCCGUCGAGCGCGCAGUGAAAGCGGCUGUAGACUCCGUCCUGCGGGAAAUUACUGAAGUUGUCGGCAGCAGAUUCACUGAGUUCCGAGUGGAAAUGACUGCAAUGAAGAGAGAGAAUGAAAGUCUGAAGCUGAGACUGGAAAUAUCAGAGAGCGAGCUGAGAGCCGUGCGAGGGUGUAUAAACGCUGCAGAUACAGACAUUAAACAGCCUUUCAUAUUUCAGGAUCCCAGAGAGAGCCACGCUAUCCCUGAAUCUGAUGCACAGGAGGAGCCAAAGAUAGAAGCAGUUUCCACACAAGAGGAGUCCUUUGAGCAGGAGUGCUGUGCAAGUCUAGUGCAGAUUACAGAGCUGCCGUUUGUUAAAGAUGAAGAGGUCCCUCAACAAGAAUGUGUUCCUAUCAAAGAGGAGUUCAUAGAGCAGGAAUGUGUCUCCAUCGCAGAGGAACUUCCUGCUGAAAAUAAUGCCUGUACACUUGAGGAGAACUACAAGCUGGGAUCCAGCCUGUGUGAUGAUUCUCCAUCUGAAUGUGAACUGGGAUUUAGAGCUUCUAAAGUAGCUGAAGGAGAACAUGACUCCACUCCAUCAUCCCAGUGCAAAAACUCUUCUAGUGGCAAACCACAGUGCAAGAACAACAGAGAAACAACAGCCCAAGGAGAGUAUGUGAAGACAUUGAGAACUCACUCAGUUAAAAUUCCUUCUUUACAAGACAGACCCCCUCUUACUGUGGAGAGUACAGAGACGCCACAUUCUGCAUGUUUUAACAGUUCUGAAACCCAGGGCAACUUGAAGACCUUGCCUUAUUCUAUUAAGGGUGGGAAGAGUUCCUGUCAAUUAGACGUUCCUGAAACUCACACAGGAAAUCCCUCUGGAGGGACUACAUUUUCCUGGGCUGAUUGUGGGAAGUGUUUCAGUUAUAUCACUGCUUAAAGGACACCAGCGCGUUCACACAGGAGAGAAAACUUCCCACAUACAGUACAGUGAUAAGAGUUUCACACCAGCGUUUCAUUCACACCAUCAAAUUCACACAGGAGAGAAACCUCAUCACUGUGCUGUUUGUGGGAAGAGAUUCAGCCUGUUUGGAAACCUUAAAAGACACCAUAAAAUUCACACAGGUGUGUAAUCCUCUCCCUGCAAUCUUACAGGACUCGAGAACAUUCUCAGAAUUGCAGACACUUGGGGACACCUAAACAACAGGAGAGCAUUUGACUAAAUACAGAAAUAUUUACUGAAAACAAAAGAAUAAACCUGCUUGAUAUAUAGGGUCACCCCUAACCACAGUCUGUUCAGAUCAAAAGCUCACGGACCACAAAUAUGAGCGAGUCUUGAGUCUUGCAUUCCUCAUGUUGUUGAGCAUUGGGAUUGUGUUCCAUCACAUUAGUAAUGUAUUAAACAGAUUGUUCUUAUGAAUUCACGUUUCUCUUGCUUUUCUCAUGCAUUGCUCAGACUCUUGCAGUGGCUUCUGUGGAAACUUCUUCAAUACCAGGUUGACUCUGUGCUACCUCAAGACACAGCACAGUGUACCACAGUUAUCAUGAGGGCAGCGUGAAGUGUAAAAGCAAUACUGUUUCCAGCAGGGGGUGUUAUUAUUUGUAGUGUUUUAGAUUGCAAGGCUGUGAGAUUUUAAACAGCAAUCUCACAUGACUGCGUGGAAGUUGGAAUCGGGGGUCAAGGAUUUAUAAACUGCAGAAUCAGGAAUAAAAGACUGAACAGACAUUUUCAGUACUUGGAAAUGGGAAUUUUAGCAACAAUGCCUGCAUCUUUUGUUUGAAGUAGAUUAUGAUUAGCUGCACUGCAGUUUAGUAUACAGCUCUGUACUAAAUCCACAAGUCUGUUGCAAUUGACCCACAUGGCUCUCAUUGCUGGCUUCAUCAUGAGCACUGGACACUGGGAAAUGUAGUUCUGAUGCCAUUUUAAAAUCUCAGAACUACAUUGUCUUUAACAUAUUUCUAUAAAUGAUGUGUUCUAUACCACUAUCUGUGCAAGAGGCUGAAAGCAGAGACACACAGUGCUGUUACAAACAAUGCCAGCAGCAUUCAUCGGGCGAGCCUGCUCAGCCUCUCCCCCAGAUUUACAGCCUAAUAAAGUCAAGGAUACCAAAUGUGCUUCCAGCAGUGGAAGAUGCUAUUGAUAGUGUUGAAGUGGAUACACAAGAGGCUGUCCCUGGAACAUCAGGUAUAAUUCACUACAAAAUGAGUAUUCAAAUCCAUUCAAAAUGAGAAUUCAAGUCA